ACCUUUACAAAGAUUACUCCUGCAUGGAGAUUCUGACCUUAUCUCUCGACGCGACUCGUUACCCUCAAAUGGGGUCACAUCUACAACCGUUGCUAGUCUCGUUCCCAACUGCCAAACUGACACCCCAACAUUAAGGUUACCUACACACGAUGACACCCAUAACCAGUCCAUAAGUAUAAUAUGCCCCCUCGACUCUCCACUAACAACGCUACGUGCAGCGGAUAAUUUAGAGCCUAUGAUUUUUAAAACAAAGCACCACCGUCGCUAUCAACCUGCGACAUCGCAUCCAGGGGACAGUUAUGUACAGCAGCCACAGAUCACUAACUCCCUUGUCGAUUUAGACUUGACCAGCAUUGUGACCAGAGACCUGACUGCUUUCCUUGACGACGAAAGACCUAGAGCAAUUGAUACGCAGCAAACAAACGAGCCACUAGCUGGAGACAAAAAUCCGGUAUCUAGCAAUCCAUCUUCACUGAACGAGGGUUCUUCUGAUCCUACCACCCAAAAUCUUGACUCGGCUGAUACUCAGGAUCACCCUAUUUCCCACAAACUUACAGCCACACCUGCAGUUCUCGUGGUUAAACCAGUUCAAACCCCAUCGCCCAAUAAAAUUGCCGCCUGCCCCAUAAGGCCAAAGAAACCAUUAGUUUACAGUCUCCUUGCUUUCAAUAUUCCUGACUCUACUGAUCUUAUUGACGUCGUUACAACUUUAGGUAAAGUGGCUAAUGUGAAAUCUCAUAUGUUUAAUGCUAUUAGAGUGCCCAAGAGGAUACAGGCCUACCCAGCACCAGUCAGAUUUACCUCUGUCGACCAGCCCACGUUGGAAUCGCUUGUUAGUAAGCUAAGUGCCAUUCGAACAGUUCCUUACUUAUCAAACAUUUACUUCAGUAGGUUACUUGCUCGACCCUAUGUUUCUGUCCACCCGAAAACGUCUGCUGCAUCCAUUCUUGGUGCACCAUGUUUACCUAUUGACCCUUCCCGCAAUGGCAAUCCUACUUAUAUCCCUGAUAGACUGAAUGAGCAGUCUUUUUUUGUAGACCUGGGGAGGAAACUCAGUGUCAUCCCUCCCCAACAAGCCUUCAACCUUUUUCUGAACUUUCUCAGAAGUAUUCAGACUUAAAUUUGGUAGUUAUUCCUGCACCAUCAUCCAUUUCCAUUCCAGCUCAAAAUUACCCCACUCCUUCCACCUCAACUUAUGAUGACACAUCGUCAGAUAUUUACCCCAACUUAUUCAACCAGUUAGCGUGUCUACCUAUCCAGUCACAAUCCACUAAAUCGCUUCUCUUCAAUGCUCGCUCACUUCGAAAUAAGAUGCCCACUCUUCGCUCCAUGGUGUCUCUCUUUCAACCUGACUUUAUCCUAGCUACAGAGACAUGGUUCACAAGCGAAACUCCGCAGUCUUGCUAUCACAUUGAUCAAUAUCAUAGUUUUCUCGCGUGUCGAACCUCAGCACCUGGUGGCGGUUGCAUCAUUUAUGUAUCAAAUAACUUCCAAGCAUCACUGCUGUGCGCUUCCCUUCAAGACAGCGAUAUUGACAGCAUAAUUGCACAUGUUACUCUAGGUAGAACCUCGAUGGUUUUGGGUUGCAUUUACUCCCCCCGAAUCCCAGUACGGAUGACUUACGAACAUUGGAACGCUUGUUUUGCUACUUAGCAGAAUUACCAGUUAAAUGUAAAGUAUUAGGAGGAGAUUUCAAUAUGCCUGAUAUUGACUGAAGAUCGUGCGCCGCACCUACUAAAUAUUCGAGACUGAU